AUGGUAGCAGCAACGCACUCUGCGCUCCAGCCCGAACCUGAUCCACCCGACCAACCCUGGCUGUACACCGACGCACAACCACCUCACGCGCCCUACACCUACACGAAUUCGUACGCGCUGCUGCGAAGUCCUUAUGCCGGACCUCAGAAUCUACCGCUGCCUCCAUACAAGCUGGAUAGACACCAAUUGUACCACGACCACCAGCCCAUCGCCUAUCAACAGCCGCCGCCGCCGCAAACCUAUCCCACCAAAACUACCAGCCCGUUGGACAGCAGUGCUGCACCGGGAAGCCCCCACUUGGCUGGCCACAACCACCCCCGCAACACUCACCGUCCUGCUGGUACAAAAGAAUUGCCUCCGAUUGAGGUGAUAGACGAGGAGGAUGGCUCCAUUGAGGAAGGAUUUGAUUAUUCCACCAAGAAGAUUCUUGAUUCUUCUGCUGGUUUUUAUGGAGUUGAAAAGGCUGAGAAUGAGACGAAACCCAGUCAGGAUCACAAGCGCGAGGAGGAACAAGUUCAAGGGCAGUUUGAGUGCUCGCUGCAACUGAAUGCUUUUCCAAUCAAGGUUCUUCCAGCUAAGGUUGAUUUGGAUAAUCAUCAUCAUCAUCAAAAACAAGACCGCAAUUGUAUAGCCACAAAUCGGAAUCCCAUCUCCACCGGGGCAAUGGCAACAGGCGUGGCCGAACCCUUGCCGCCGUCGACCUCCACCGCACCGACCUACUCGUACCCUCCCGUCAUCAUCAUCCUCACCAUCGUCCUCCUCAUCUUCUUCUUCGCGGGAUUCUUCUCCAUCUACUUCUGCCGCUGCUUCAUGCAGAACCUCCUCUGCACGUGGCACCUCCGCCGCAGCACCACGGCGGCUCCCUCUGGUGGGGCCGCGGGGGCAGCCCCGGGGGGAGCCGGGCUGGACCCGUCAAUUGUGGAGUCAUUCCCGACGUUCACGUACUCGACGGUGAAGGACUACACGAAGGAGAGGUACGGCGUGGAGUGCGCCAUCUGUUUGGUGGAAUUCCGGAGCAGCGACGUCCUCCGCCUCCUCACAGCCUGCUGCCACGUCUUCCACCGUGAGUGCAUCGACCUCUGGCUCGAGUCGCACAAGACGUGCCCCGUCUGCCGCCGCGACCUCAACUCGACGCUGCAGUCGCCGGUCAAGUCGCCGAGGGUGUCGGUCAACGAGGAGGAAGAGGGGACCCGCCAAGACUUGGACAGCUGCAGCGUCACCAUCAAAGAGGAAGACGAGGAGCGGAGGAAUCAGGAGACGGAGACGGAGACGGAGAGGGAGAAGUUCUCGAGAUCGCACUCGACGGGGCACUCGAUAAAGAGUAAUAGGGAAGGAGAGGAAAAGUACACGCUGAUAUUGCCAGAGGAGGUGAAGUCGAGCAUCAUAAGUAGACAUAAUUCGAGCAAGAGUUGGACGAGUUUUGGUGAUUUUAAACAUAACAAUAAUAAGAGUGCUGACAAUCACGAGAGAGUAGCCGAGGCCGAGUCUUCUGGGGUGCCUGCUGAAGACCACAUAGUAUAG